AUGCAGAGAAGAGAAGAUACAGAGGAGAAAGGAUACAGGGGAAAGAGUAUACAGAGGAGAGAGGAUGCAGAGGAGAGAGGAUGUAGAGGAAAGAGUAUGCAGUGGAGAGAAGAUGCAGAGGAGAAAGAAUACAGAGGAUGCAGAGGAGAGAGGGGGAAGAGAGAGAUGAUGCAGAGGAUGAAAAGGAGAGAAAAUAAAGAGGAGAGAGGAUACAGAGGAGAUGAUACCAAAGAGAGGGGAUCCAGAGUAGAGAGCGUAGAGAGGAGAGAAGAUGCAGAGGAGAGAGGAUGCAAAGGGAAGAGGAUACAGAGGAGAGAGAGGAGAUGA